CUUUUGUUCAAUGUCUCAUGAAGUGCUAUGCCUUUGAUGGGGCUCAGUUGAUGUUCGAAACAUCAAAGACUUCAGAAUCUGUUUUUCUUCAAUGCUUUUACAAACUUAUAGUGGUUAUUGAUGAAACUAUGGGUAGUUUGGAAUGUUAAACUCAACAUUUUCUAUUUGUAAACCAGAUUUCUUGCCCACACUUCCCUCCCUUAAGUGUUCACCAUCCGUCAACAUUAAUACAUUUUGAAACAGUUCAUUUGUAUGUGCAUUUUUUUGCCCCAACUCUGAGCUUUUUAUAUAAGGACAAAGUUGUAUGUCUAUAUAUCUGACUAUUAUUCUUAUAAAUUGAGGUUGAGUAAUUGCGUUUGUGUUCACAAAGCAAUGAAUGUUCUUGGUUUAUUUCUUGCUCACGAACUCUAAAUUAUGGGAUCCUUUUACAUAACUUCUGGAAAGAGGAUUAUGAUGUGGAUAAGCUAUUAAGGUUCAUCCUAAUCAGUUUUCAUCACCCACGAUCAUUGUUGAAAGAGCUGGGAGUUAUGCUUGGAUGCACAAAAGUUGGAGAGUUUGGGAAGAGUUUGCACGCAUAGUUGCAACAGCAGUUAGUCUUUUUGUUACUACUGAGCCCACUCUUCAGCGAGUUAUACUUCCUCCAGUUUUGCAAUUGCUGAAUGACCCUAACAAUAGCAUUAUGGAAGCUGCGACCUUGUGUAUUGAGGAGAUGUAUAUACAUGUUGGACCUCAAUUUCAUGAAGAAUUGCAGCGCUACCAUCUUCCUUCAUCCAUGAUGAAAGAGAUGAAUUCCAGGUUAGAAAAAUUAGAAUCAAAGGUUCGUCCAUCCAAUGGAGUUGGAACUCAUUUUAUUUCUACAGAACUGAAAUCAUUCACUUCUAAUCAGAAAAGGAGCAGUCCAAAGACCAAGAGCAUUCCAAGGGAAUCCUUGUUCUCCGGAGAAAUUGAUGUUACUGAAAAGCCAGUAGACCCAAUUAAAGUGUUCUUUGAAAAGGAAUCGAUCAAGGAAAUUGAGAAAAUUGCAUCCACUCUAGUACCGGAAAAAGACUGGUCACUUCGAAUAGCUGCCAUGCAAAGAGUUGAAGGCCUGGUCUUUGGAGGUUUUACUUCAUCAGAACAUUUCUGUUUAUUAAAUUCAAGCAUCAAAAUCUUAUUUAUCAUUUUGUUGAUGUGUUUCUUCUUGUGUAUAGGAAUAGUCGCUAGUAUCUCCUAGCUGCCUUGAGAUGAUUUCAUUUGUUUAAUUACAUUUAUUGUUGAUGUUCUUUCCCUUGCAUUAAAAAGCCAUUGCAGUUAAGAUACUUCAAGUGAUGUAUGAGGAAAGGACAUUAUAGGGGCAAAUUUUCCAUUUACGCAUGCAGUGCUGGAUCAGUUGAUCUAAGAUUUUAUGCACUCUAUCAAUUGUUUUCUUAACCAAGUUUUCCACCACUCUUUUGGCUGUGGCACUAAUUAUUAUAUGCUCCUGUAUUCUUAACUGCUUCUUUUCAUAAUUCAAAUAUUGAAACCUCAGUUUUGUAUCAUUUUUUUUUCAAAAAAAAAUCAGAAAAGUGUUGAAGUAAAAAAAAAAACCACAUCAUUUUAACAUAUAUUUGUAUUGCUUGGAAUCUCCAGAUUUAUUAGUGAGUGGUUUCUCAAAGGACUUUAUUUUUGUUUGAUAAAAUAUAAAAACUUCAUGCUUAGGACAUAGUUUCACAUUUUGUUGUUUAAUGGCAAUGUAAAUAUAUAUGACAUUUGAGCUCUAGGAUAGCGAAAGUGAUGCAAAAAAUGGUUUUUCCUUCUCAUUAGAGUUUAAUAUUGCAAUAUUGCAAAUUUUAGAGAAUGCUUCUUCAUAUUUAGACAAAUUGAAGAAAUGAUGAAAAUUUUGCAUAAAAAGCCCUAAAUGAUAAAUUAGGAUGUGAAAAAAAUAGUUUUGCUAAUUACCAACCAUAAUUUUGAUCUCCUUCAGCCAAAAGCAAAGUUCUGUUUCAGUUUUGAAGUUUUAGCUGAACCUCCAGAGCAUUAAUAAUGAUUGAGAAGAAUUUGUUUCAUGUCAGGAUCUAUACCAUCCAUAUAGCAAUUAGCAAGUGUCUGAUAUAUUUUCUCGACCUUAAUUGAUGUUAAAAAAAAUAAAGAUAUAGUUCCGUGAUGACCUAAGACCUCACCUAAAAGGGUGAGCUAGAAGGUUAUUAAUUGGGGUAUCUGGCCUUGUUUAAAUACCUGGGACCUCUCUAGUGCACAACCGAUGCAAAACUACAUGCACGCCCAUACAGGUCCUGAAACACUCCCCCAUUUAUGCCCUGACAUCCUCAUGAGGGAACAGCCCAUUCAGAAACAAAAACAUCAUGCAUCACUCAUGAUCUCACCCAAGAAGGCUCGCUAGAAGUUUAUUGACUGUGAUGCUUGAUCUUGUUUAAAUACCUAAGACCUCCCUAGCACAUUUUUUUUCCAGUUGAAACCUUGAUCUUUUAAAGUCUGGUUGUAUCAUAGAUAUUGUUAUAUAAUAAAUCUUUAUCUGAUUUGGAUAAUCAGCUUGAGGGAUCAUAUAUAGAGGGUGUUGUUGAUUUGAUGGUUAGAAGAAAUGAUCUUUCUUGCUCAGCAAAUUUUGGAGGAGUCUGGAAUUGUUUAGCUUGAACUCACUUUGCUAGGAGUGUUUAUACACCAGGGGUUCAAUAGUACUCCAUUGUGUGGAUUGGGCUAUUGCUGUUUACAUGUCAUAUUUUUUCAAGGUUGUCUAUUAUUUGGUUAUACUAACAUAUGCACUCGAAUUCUGGAUCGAAGUUUUACCAUGUAGAUCUUUCCCUUCACUUCCAUGCAUAUGCAAGGAUGACUUUGUAUCCUGUAUUCAAUUUACUAGGAGAGGUGGUCAUUUAUUUUGUGAUUUCUUAUUUGUCACUCCUCUGGACCUAACUCCAGCGGUACUUGGGCAAAAGAAAGCCUUUUUGGGAAAAGAAAACCUUUUCUAAAUGUUGAUUGAAUCCAUGGUAUCUAAGUGUUGUUACAUAGCAAUUCUGUGAUAAUUGAGUAUCAAAACAUUUGACAAUGUCAUUGUUCCAUUGUCUUGUCCUCUAUUUCCACAUGCAUAGCAUGUCCUUCUUUUCAUGGAUAUUGGUAGGAUAUUUAAUUGUGUGCUAUGCUGAAAUAAUUGCAGUUGGGGUGAAGGGAUGUUCUUGGAUUUUGGGGAUCCCUAUGGGUAGAAAUUUCCAGGAAGCUAUUCCUGUUUUGUGAGGGUUGUCAUGAGACUUGUUUGUUAUUCCGGCAAACAACAAUCUUC